GUAGCUUUUUAUGGAAACUGACAUUAUGCUACGUUUUUGUUUUUCUUUCUUUGUUGUUCUUCAGAUUUUCUUGCAAUGUUUUUCGGCGGCCCAGACAACCCAGUGUUUUGAAUCCGACUGUAACAAAGGGAAAUUCAACUACAAUCCAAGCAGUUGUUUAGGCCCGCCAUUUUGGGCUGUGCUCACGCCUUGUUGGUUUGUCUGUAUCUUUACCUCGCAAUCUCCUGUCAACAUCAGAACCUUUGAUUCCUCUAGACAGACCGGUCUUGGCGCAUUCACCUUUAACCGAAACGAUGACCUUCAGUUUCCCGUCGCCAUGACCAAUAAAGGUUUCAAAUCAGAGUACAAAGUGAACGCUAGUCCACAAAUCCUGUUAUCGAACCUUAACCAGUUUGGACUGAGUGGAAAGUCUUUUAAAUUUGAAUCCUUUCAUUUCCACGCGGGAACAUCUUCGAGUUCAGUUGGGUCGGAACAUUCAUUUAACAAUGUAUUUCAGCCAAUGGAGGUUCAUCUGGUGUUUUAUAACACUCAAUAUGGAGAUUUCAAGACGGCUUUGGGUCAGUCUGAUGGACUGGUGGUCAUCGGUGUUCUUGUGCAGGAAAAUCAAGCUUCAGGGAAUACGCCCUUCUCUGGAUGUGUCAAUACCCAGGCAAAUGUCCUCAGUAAUGCUUUAGAGAACGAUUUACCACUGGUUCGGGCAUACCCAGCCGCUGGAUCGGGAACGGGUCCUGUAAUAACCAAUAACAUUGCUCUAAAAGACAUCUUACCGACCAAUCAGAACGACUAUUACACUUACCGGGGAUCUCUAACCACGCCCCCUUGUUCCCAGUCAGUCACGUGGGUAGUGAUGAGAUGUUCAAUCAUUCUGUCACAACAGGCCAUUGCCGACUUUAAAAACUUGGAGGUUUCGAGCAGUGGAGAAAAGCUGGGGGUGCAUGGAAACCGAAGACCAGUGCAAAGAGGUCAACUAUUCACGUCCUUCGCCCUAUUAAGGAACUUCUAAUGUCCUUUAAUCAUUCAGCAUGUCAACAUAAG